GACUUUCAUAACUAAAUAAAAAUAUAUAUAUAUUUUUUCAGAAGUAAAGCAACAAACGCGUGAAAAUCCCUAUGAAGUUGGUCAGAUUAAAAUGUCUUUGCAAUAUCGCCGCGGUGUCUUAACGGUGAUGAUUCACCAUGCGAAAGGCUUGCCCAUGCUGCAAGGGGGUCAAGAGCCUAACACCUACGUCAAAUGUUAUCUCAAGCCGGAUACAACAAAAGUGACCAAACGCAAAACAAAAGUGGUACGAAAAACGUGUGUGCCCAGCUUUAUGGAGACGCUCGAGUAUCGCAUGCCAUUGGAACAUAUACAAAAUCGUUUAUUGCAUGUCACUGUAUGGUCACACGAUACAUUGCAGGAGAACGAAUUACUUGGCGGCUUUCAAAUCGAUCUGAGUAAAUAUGAUUUACGUAAAGAACUGAUCGAUUGGUUUCGACUUGGACCAAUGCCUAGAAAUUGAACAGCGAAGUGCGCUAGGGCCGAACACAAA